CUUAUUUUGUUUGUUUUAAAAACCUCCAAUAUAUUUUUUUGUUGGUAAUCACCUCCAACAUUUCUCAAAACCUAAGGUUUAUACUUUACUAAUGGCUAAAAUCGGGAAGCUAACAAGGCUCAAGUCGAUCAUAAAGAAAUGGCCUUCAUUCACCAAGAACCACCACUCAACCACCGAAUCCACCUCCUCGGCGGCCACCACCAAGGUCUCAAACUGCGACGAUCUUCAACUGGUCUACGUCGGGAAGUCUCGGAGACCUUACAUGCUUAGUUCCCACGUCAUCAACCAUCCGCUUGUCCAAGAACUACUUGAUCGAUCAUCGAGAUUCAUCGAAGAACGCCAUGAUCAGAAAACAGUCGUAGUAGCUUGUGAAGUCGUAAUGUUCGAGCACUUAUUAUGGAUUCUCGGAGACAGUUGCUCCGAUCAUGACGAUGAUGAUGAUGAUCGCAAAAUAGGAUCCGUCCAGGAGUUAGCUGAGUUCUACACUUAUUGACGGCGAUAUUAAUUAUACUUAUUUUUCUUAAUAUAUAGUAUUUUAUUUGAUCCUACAUGCUCCAUUGCGAUCCCCAAAACAUUUACUUCGCUUUUGUUUUCUAAUCAUUCAGAGGAAAUCUUCCCUAAUCAUACUAUAAACUCUAAUUCAAUCAGUAAUAAAAUUUUAUGUUUUAAUAACCUUUUGCUGCCUUUUAUAUACAUAUACGUCGUACUAUAUAUAUUUGCAUGUGUUCUUUAGUUUCAAAAUAACACAAUGCGCCGCCACAUGAC